GGCUGCGGUGUUUUUGUCUGUGUCAGUGAGCGCUCCUCCCGGGCCGAGGCGGCUGUAAGGAUUUCCAGAGGGCAGGUAAGAACAGCAAAUAAGUUCAUGUGUUUGAAAGCUUUGGCUCUUUUUGUGUCUCGUUGUUUUUUAACGCGCUUUGGACAAACCGCUUUCCAGAGAGAGUGACUUCUUUUGUACAGCGUCGGUCCUGCCCAUUCCUCCGGUCCUCUAUUUAAGUAGCGGCUCCUUUAUCCUCUAAAACCCGACCCAGCUUCAUUUAUAGACACCUUAUCAUAUCUUGUUAUGUGCUAUAAUGGUUUUUAAUCUCACCUUUAGCAUUAUUUACCUUUGGAGGAGUGUUUGUCUCUGUCUCGUGGUCGCUCCUCCGGUGCGUCCCUUUUUUGUUCAGAGCAUCAUCACUGGAGGCUAACACGCUGCACGGUGACGGAAAAAACACAAUAUUCCAUUAUAAUAACAAUAAUAUUUUGCACCUAAAUACUGAAAUCCUACUUAGCAGACACUCUGACUUAUCACUGACAUUGAAUUAUCACCAAUAAGAGGGUUUUCUGCGUAAAAAUCUGUGCGUAAUCUGCACAGUAUCCCAGUAUUACAAUCAUCUUGCACAUACAGUUUUAUUGUCAUAGACCGCAUAUAGAGAGGAGAUCGUGCCACGCGGCCUCAACUUUAGUCCUAAUUGAUAAAAGCAGGAGUUCUGGUCUUACAGUGAGCUCACACAGUCCAUUACAACAUCGCCUCCCCUUCCCACUGCACUGUAAUUCCUAAACGAGCAACACAUUUGAGUGUUUUGUUUCUGUUUGUGCCUUUCCUCCUCCACACACAUUAUCUGUCGCGACAAUCCGAGCAUUCCCCAUUUCAUUAAGAAAAUGAAAAAGCUCUCGCACUGAAGGCUCGGGGGAGAGGGUGGGUCCGUGCAGGAUUCUGCUGCAAGUUUUUCAUUACUUCCAGAUGUUCAUCAGCUUUUUCGUUUGCCGCUCCCAGCCCGCAAAUUUGCUGGUCUGUCCGGCUGUAGUCGGUCAGUUAGUGUCGUCUGAAGAUGGAUGAGGGCUGGACAGGAGGAGGAUAAACACACCUAAAAGUCUGUGUAACUAUUUUUGUACUUUUUAAGAGCAUGCAAAGCCAAAGGGGGACUCUUAAUGGAAUCUAACUGAGCACACAAGUUGCAUAAACGUGUAUUUUUCUCUUCGCUUUUACACAUUGAAAGUGUUAAAACCAAUUUUGCACUUUGAAAGGUUUCCAGGCAAAAGGAGUCAACUUAGUCUGCUUGCCACAGGAGUAAUUUGUCAGAUGAUGCUGUGGGGAAACUUUGUCUAAACUUAAGAUCCUUUGACACCACUCUGUAAAUGAAUAGUUGAAGUUCUUUGCAUAAAACAGUCAUUUGUCUGUAUUUGGUUAUUGAGCAUUCAUAUGGAAGAUUACUUGUGAAGUGAAGAUGUUGUGCCACCUUAUAAGUAGAGGAAUGGAACAACCUCAGACUAUAAUAAACUGCUGUGUUUAUGCUCUUUUACAAUCCAAGGCUCUGCUUUGGAGCUGUCAAAGUCCUAAACAGUUGAUUUUGAAGUGUGAACAGAAUAAUGAUCUUAUGUGCUCAAUAUAUUACGGUGUAUGCAAAACCAUUAUCAUAAAAUGUGCGCAUAGGAUAAGUAUUUUUUCGACAACCUAUUUUAUUAUUAUCUUUUGUGCACAAGAUAACUGAUAACCAAGUUAUUAUUAGGGAUGCACGAUCCGAUAUUUGAUUCUAGAUCGGGUAUCGUGAAAAUGGGUCUGAUGAAUAGGGGCAGAUCUAUUCUGUCUAACUCUAUGCUAUGCGCCGUGAGUGGCAUCCACAAGUAAACACCCACAUUGUUUUCAAAAUGGAGCGAGCAAAGGGGUCUGCUAUCUUGAACUUUAUCCCAAUACCUCAGCAGUAAAUGUUCCAGGGGGACAGUGGUAAAACUUAAGGAUACAACAAAAGGUAAUUCAGCGUGGCUUUUCUGUAUCGGAAUUGGAUUGGUAUCUGCCGAUACUAAACUGUAGAUAUCUUUAUCGGUAUCGGAGGUGAAAAAAGUGGAUUGGUGCAUCCCUAGUUAUUAUUGUCUUGUGCACAUGAUGAUACCUUGUGUGCACAGGAUAACUCUUUUGUGAACACAGUAUUAUACAUUGCACAUUACAAGUUCAUUAUGAUAGGAUCAUUUUAAUAUCUUGUGCACACAUUAUUUUCUCUUUUGCAGAGAGUUAUAGAUACUCUAACUUGUGUUGAAAAUAUUAUCCAAUAAGUACUAGACAAAUUUUACCAAGGAGACAAUAAAAAAUGAACCAUACUGUAAUCUCUUCUGUACACAAUAAAUAUGGUCUAAUAUGAACAGGAUAUUAUCUUAACUUAUCUUAUUCAAAUGCUCACAUCAAAUUUAAAUUGGAAUCUUAUUGUAUCAUAAUCACAUUUGCACAUGGUAUAACUACUGUAUAUGGACAGGUAACUAUCUUAUGUAAAAUAUUAAAUAAUGUUUUUAGAUGAAAAAGUUUGUUAUAGUGAAUCUUUAGGGACUUAAUGGAUAUUUGAUGUUACUGAAUCAUAAACUGUAAGGUUUCAUAUCCCAUUUUUCUCACUGUAUAGUUCAGGAUAAAUUCUUACAUAAAAGGAGUCUUUAGUUUUCUUGUUGCGUCAAAACCCACUUUUAAUUUAACUGCUUCCUCUUGUCUUUUGGAUAGCUCUCAGGGGAAAAUCUUUGUUUUUUUAAUUGCCAUAAAUAAACAAAGAAGUCAAAAUGCUAACAUAGCCUAAAUGUUUUUCUGUGAGUUUUUGACUUCCAACACACAACUUGAGAAAUUGUUUGUUGGCUCUUCAGAGGAUUGAACCUACCUUCAAAUCUAACUAACUAUAUUAAAGCUUUGUUAGAUCAUGCAAGAGCCACAGGGAAACUGUAUUGUAUCUAAAGACCCUUAAGAUGUCUCUUAAUAAACAAACAAAGCAGGUUUUAUGACCCAAAAUGAAGAUAUAAAUGUUUCCUCUCAAAUAUAUGUAUAUUUUAAGGUUUAAAUGAAGGUUUGUUUGUCGAGUGAAGAACUUUCCGUCUCUGAUAAGUGCUGGAGAUUCAUCUGUAAACACAUCAGAUGUUGUUGUGAUGAGGGACAUGCAGAAGUUGGCAGGAUGUGGGGGUGUAGUCACCAGCCUGUUACACUGCAACAUACAAUACACACCACUGUCCGGCUGUUGUGUAAUGGGCUGCUGGAUGGAUUAAAUCACCUACCAGUGAAUAACAGGGAUUGUAGCAGCUGCAUGGCGCUCAGAUGAGCUCAGUGCUGUCCUUCACGUUACUCUAUGGACAGACUGGAGGAGAGAGUGUUUACUUCACUGUGAGGUCGUCUAGCAGCAGUGGUGGGGAAUUGUGAAACGGGAGCAAAGGGGUGGCUUGUUUGUUCGGAUUUCAACAGAUUUUUGAAUAAUACAUUAAGAGAGAAAUGCAACAAAAUCAUCCUGGAUAUAUAACUGGAAUGGAGAUUAUCAAAUAGGUAAUAAUGGCUCUUUACCACUGCAUGAAACAAAACAUUAAAAAGUAAACAACAAACAAAAAUAAUCCCCAAAUCAAAAUAACAACAACAAACAGCAACACACUGUUCUUACUAGGUAGCAGCUGCCUGCCAGUUUUAGUUAACAUUAGUCUGAGAAGCACACCACAGAAGUACUUUUGUCAUAAGGGGCUAAUUUGAGAUUUGCUGCUUGUUGAGACAGUCCUUUUCUUUAUCUUCCUCAUCAUCCUCAUUAUUCUCAAGCUAUGACAUCAAAACGUCGUCAUUGACUGGAGUAGCGGUCCGUAACUGUCACUGCAGUCAUCGUCCUCUCGCCCUCACUCCUUAUCUGCAACACAAGUGACAUGGUCUGUGAUCAGCUGAUUCACAAACUUAUGGUUAAAUCGUCAUGAUCUGAAGCUCAUAUUCACACCAAGAGAAGGAGCUGCCAGAAAACAAAGCGCGUUUGCUCUCCUGCUCAUGGAUUUGGACUUGAUGCUGUUCAAGUUCUGGGCCAAAGCAUGACGUGGACAUGUAAACAUAUUGUGUGACUGGUUCAGUCGACAUGGUAUCAAUCUAUAAUAACAAAACAAAGGCUGGUGGUGCUAGCUCUGCUGUUGUUAAUCAAACUUGGAAAACUAGUCUGAAAUAGUUGACCAGCAGAGAUCUAAAAUCCUGAGUUUAGACGUCUUAAAAAAUCAAUAAUUUUGUCUGUUUUCUGAAUGUUUUCCAACUGUAAGACCAGAUGGUUUGUCAGGAUUUCCAUUUUAAUGACUCAGAAAUAAGUUGCUUUGAAACAUUUGGACGUGUAUACCGUAGUUUAUCUUAUAGAUAGUAUAGUAUUGAGGUAGAAGCCUUUUUUUCUGGGUGGCGUUAAUCCUAAUCCAAAAAUAAUCUGUUGACUCUUCAAACAGUGUAUUUCAUACUCUCAGAUCCAUCCCCAGGCUCUCCAAAUCCAUUCUGAUCAAUACCUGUUUGCUACAGUAACUGAACAAACAGAUUGAUCGCAGUGCUCUUGUAUUAGUUCUAGCUGUGUGUACAUUAUAUACCUGUAACUGAAUAUUGUCUUUUGAGCUCCAGAUAGAGUGAGCGUAAUAACACUGAAACUCGACCCUUCAAGGUUUCUGUGGGGACUCCUGGAAUCCCACCAGAGACCCCCACUAGUCUGCAGUUUUUGGGAUCUCAGGUUUGCCUCUCUUUUUUUUUGGAGAGCAGGAAUGUGAUUGUCUCAUUACAACAUUUGGACCCAGGGGUGCUGUAGUGGAAUGCAGAGUUAUAAACCCCAUUUGCACACUAGGCCACACGCCGGGCAUUUAAAAGGUUUAGCGAGGCUAAUGAAAUUACACCCUGAAGCUGCACGAGACUGUCUGUCACCAUCUAGGAAAUACUGCUGAUUAACUAAUCUGGACUGCUUCACUUCUAGAGGAAUUAUAUGCUCUGCUAAAACCAGACUUUAUGGUUAAUUUCAUCGCCUUUUAAAAGGGAUCUGUGUGGUUUUAACAAUCACUUUUAAGGUAUUAUUCCUCAUAUGUAUUCAGUUUAAUUUUUAUAUUUCUCACCUUAAAAAACUACCUUUACUAAAACAUUUCAUCCUCUAUCAAACUGCUAUUUUAUAUGUGGUUCACACCCAAAUUCCUUGGUUUAAAAGGAGGACUAAACAUACAUACUUUCAAAUAUUUCACCCUGUUUUGGUGAAAACAUUGGAGGUUAAUAGUUAAUACUUAACUAUAUAUUAAGGUUAAUACUCCUACUUAUCUACAUUAAUUGGAACAUCUGUUGCAGUGAUGUUUUCAGUGGCCUAAUUUGGCUUUAGAGCUUCUUGGGACAGUAAUUCAUUAUCUGCUUGAAUAAUCUGACUUAAUCUCCUUUAAUUCUCUAAUCAUUCAGAGGAGCACGAUAGAGUUUUCUGUACAAUAAAGCCGACACAUGUAGGAACAGCCUGUUAUGGAGGUUUGUUUUCGAGUCUGUUGUCUUUUGACCAGCAGCUCUCAUUGAAUCAGGAAGUAAUUGAUAAGAUCCCUGAAAGGGAAACACUUAACUUCAUCAUCGCUGCAGGAAGAUUACUUCCUCUGCAGUCUGCUCGCCACAAGGCCUGCAAGACAUGAGAAACAUGAGCGGAAUAUGUGUAUUUGCAUCGUUUCACACUGCAGCCACAAUAAAAUGUAGAAAGAAUGAACAAAUAUUUAAGUCCUUAUCUGCUGAUUGUCUUACUAUAGGGAUGUUACACUCAUUACAUGAAACUUUGCACAGAAAUGACUGGGCUAAAGAGCUUGGUAGAUUGAUCUGACAAGAAGAUCUUGCUCUAUCAAUUUACAUAGAAAUGAUCCACAAAUCACCACAAACAUAUCAAAGAGACAUCCACCAAUUGGUAUAUUGUGACCAGUCACAUGCCUCACCUAUGUGAGGUGUAGUAGUUUUGUACAUACAGGAUGAUAAAAAAAAAAAAACUGAAAGUAACCAAAUGGGACUCCUGAGAAGUGCAAAUGUUGGGGUCUUUGCUGCUGCUCUCCCUGCCUUAACUUUGGCGGUCCAUGUACGCACAUGGCAGGGCAGGAAACUCUUAGAACAGAGUCAGACCGUAUAAUAUAAACUAUAGCAUGCAAAUAAUUAGGUCUGUCCCGAUAUGAUAUUGAUAUAUCGGAUAUCGGUCCAAUAUCAGCCAAAAAACAAAUAUCGGAUUAUAUCGGCAUGCAUCUAUAUCAGCACUCCGAUACAAGCAGUCCAUUCCAGACUCCACUCCGGCACGUCUAGCUAGCAGCACCUGGAUCCAGCAUGUAGAGCCCUCGUAGUGACAACAACAGUGUGUACUCAGGUACAAACAAAGUAACAAGGAGUAGGAGUGAUGUCGGCCGUGUGGCAGUAAUUUUCGUUAAAGUCCGAAAAAGACAUUUCAGCUGAGUGCAAAACUUGUCAUGCAGAAGUUUGUACCAAUAUCGGUAUCGGACGAUACUGAAGGCUACAAUAUCUGUAUCGUAUCAGAGGUAAAAAAAAGUUGUAUUGGGACACCCCUACAAAUAAUUGACUCUAUGACUAAAAGUGGUCCUGCUUGAACUCUUAAUCCAUCCGUUUUGCUGUCAUGUGUGGGGUCUUGCAUGUUUUUUGAAACUUCCUUUGAAAGGAAAAAUGCUAUCAGACAGUAAACUGUGAUAAAUAGCGUGGCCCUAAUCAGGACUACAACAUCCUGACUUGAUCUUUGCCCCACACUGCUCUGACCAGGUCCACACCAUUCAUCUUCCUGCUGUCUGGACUUUGUCUUCCUCCCUCCAGACCCCAUACUCUCCCCAAAAACAGCCUCUGCUCGGCAUCAUCCUUAAUCCCCACCUCCACAAACUGCACAGGAAUUUUUCUCCCCAAAUACCCCCUCUCCCCUCCUCCUUUUUAAUGUCUUUUUUUCCGGUGCCGCUCCUUGCCGCUUGGCCCCACCCUUGCUCAGUUUCCUGUUGGAGGUCAGCACAAUGACCAAUGAGCAGGAGACUGGCGGGUGUUUACUCUGCUCUUGUUCCAGGAGUAAUGGGAGCCGCUCCAGUCAGCCCCUCCCCUCGGCUUUACACCAGACUGUCUGCUCCCCUAUACCUCCACUUCUUAAUGUAAAAAACAUCCAGAGAGGGCAGAGAGUCCUGAGGAGAAAGUCUCAUGGGCUUAUGAUUUCACUUUCCGCAUUUUUAAAGCCCAAAUUAGUCAUAAACCACAUGUCCGGCAGCACAAGAGCUCACUGUAUGACCACGCUGAUGUGAGAUCAUGUGGCCCCGUCAUGCAUGAUGAAGGCCCCGACUGUCAGGCGCUGACGUACACUUUACAGCCACAUUAUACUCAGUUACAAGUUUGUUGUUGUUGCCUCUCCAUUAAAUAUUCUUAGAGCUUGUUCAGGAGAGAGAUUUGAUGUUAAAUUUCCUGAUUUAUUAUUCAUUAAGGAGCAGUUAGCUGAAUGAAGCCAUCUGUGCUGCAGAGUGAGGAGGAGGAGGAGGACAAAGGAGUCCCAGAAGAUCGGUCAACUACUGUUUCUCCUCAUCUUUGAGUAACAUUUAAAACUCCUCUUCUUAUUUCCCAACAACAAUCUGCUUAAUUUGGUGCAGCUCCCCGUACAGAUUCUCUAUUGUGGGUCUAAUUUUAGUCGAGGAAUGCACAAAUGAUGGUAAUCUUCUAGGCGGGGUCGUCAGAGAUUAUGAGAAGAGGUCCUCUGAAACUUAUACUGUUGUCCUGAGAGCUCCUGCAGCCUGUUUGUGAUUUUUAAGCUGAUCUCUCUACGUCCAGAUCUCACUCUGGUGUCUGAUUCAUACAGCUGGAGUCUGAAUCUGAGCACAGUCAUGGUCUCCUCAUUUGAGAAGUUUCCAUUAAAACGCUCAGCAGCAUUUCUUCCCCUUUUCUCCCCCCUCCUCCUCUUGCAGUUUCGUCUUUCUCCCCUUGCAUUCCCACUCUCUUUCUCUCCCUCACAUACUGUACGAAUCUGCUCUACUUUUUCACCCCUUUCUCACUUUUGUUUUCUCUUAUUUUACCCUCUCCUUCUUCUUGUUACUCUUUUUCCUGGGCUGGGAGGAAGUGACUUGGUUGUUUCUUGAUCCUUGGGGAAUAGACAGAUGGAGCUCCUUUUCCUGUAACCCUUUCUUUGUCAGACCAGUGCAACACAUCUCCCUGUUUAACCACAGAAAUGAGCGCUGACCAGCCAGACUUUUAGUUGGUUUCAAAUAAUUGGAACAGGCAAAAGCGAAGGAAUAGGGUCAAAUCUGGACGGUGGGUCAUCUCAGAGAGAAAGGGGAUUAAGAAAUUGGACUGGUAAUCCAGUCUUGAUCUUUCCUGGAUAAAACCUCCAAUUUGUGUCGUUCAAGACUUGAAUGGGAUUGGGAUAGCUUUGAUCCAAAAUGGUAGGAUUGUCCUGAUUGAAGAGGUGGAUUCAGGCUGGAUCACAGGAACAAAAUGUUAUAACUCUUACAUAGAAAUACAGAAUCAAUACUCGCAUCGUUAUCUUGAUAAAGUGGAUGAGUUAGAUAGGAAUUAAAAAGCUGGUCUUUAGCAAGAUUUUUCUGUCAUUGUGGAAGGGUGAUCUGAAGACUGGCCGAAAAUGAAGAGAGUGGUGGAUGCCAUGCAGCAGAGGGUUGUGAUGGAAGUCGACUUCGUCCAUAAAAUAUUUCUUUGAAUACCAUCAAUAUCCAGCAUGCAAUGCAGAAUUAAAUCAACUGAGUCGACCUUUCAGUUUGGAUGGAUGAAUUUUAUCGUCCCAUUACGAGAACAGUUGUCCAAAUUUGUGAAUCUUUUGAAGUUUGUGUCUGGAUCUGAUCCAGUCAAGUUUUCCUUUGAACAACAGAGGGAUAUCUGGAAAUUUGGCGCCUUCUCAAAAAUUGCUGCUUGCCAGACAAAGGUUUACUGUUGUAUGAUCCCAUUUUUGGUCUAAAAGAGGUCUAAUAGACGUCUAAAUGUAGCCUAGAUGACUGGUCUAAAAUCAGGCUACCGGAGGUCUAAAAAUGGAUUAGACCAAGUUUAGACUUGUCAGCGAACAGAGGUCUAACUGCAUAUUGCUCAACUGCUAUCAUAAUUAUUUUGGUCAAAGUACUUGGAGAUCAGUUAUGCAACUGUUGCUUUUUGAAAUAAAUAGUUAGCGAAUAAUGGGUUAAAGUGCAACGUCUAAAAUACACAGAAUCUAGACGGUUGAAAUUAGGUCUAAAAAAAAACUAGAUGUCUGAUAGCUGUCUAUUACUCAGUGGGAUGGUUUAUUACCCAGAUGAUGAAGCACAAAGAAGCAAGCAAUGACAAACUUGUGUUGGCUGUCAAAGCAUGCUGGGAGGAUGAGUGGUCUUUACCAUGACACAACACCUAUGCAAAAUAAAUACUCUUGUCCACAGAUUCACUGAUGUAAUUUAGAUAUUCAUUCAUCAUCAUUUCGAGGCUAAGACAGCUGACUGUCAUAUUCAGAGAAACAGAAAUAAGGUAGGAGUGAGUCACAGCCAUAAGAAAUUUCAGCCGUUAACCAGUUGGCAUAGGAACCAGUCAGGCCACCCGAGUAGGGUGAGAAUACUGUUUCUCUGCAUAUGUGUGUUUGUGAGAUGACUUAGAUCAUUUGACAGUGACUGACAUUUAUUUUCAUUUUCAAGGCUCUCAAAAUCACCUCCCAACUAAAAUCCAAAGUAACCAUUUGCUAUCCACUGUGUUGACUGAUGUCGAACAAGUGAUCCACACCAGUGUGAAUUUUUCUGCAUCUAAUCCUUGAUAACAAAAAAGAUGUUUUUCACCAAAUCUGGUGCAUUUGUUUCCAAAUGACUGUUGGACAAUUGGUAGCAACAUUUUAAACAUCACAGCCCCGUAGUCAAAGCGCUGCUACUGAUAUAUUAGGAGGAUGAUAAAUCAGAAAUUUAUCAUCAAACCGUCUGACUUAUCAGGAAUGCAGACAAAUCAGGAACAGCUAAAUCACUUGGCUCUCCUACCUAAAUAAAUCAGUUUCAAAGCCUCAGCUGUAUUUGUUGAACUGUGUGAGUCUUCAGACCUUGCACAGUGCCGGGAGAUAUACGAGUGUGUUUUCAUCUGGCUGUGUGGGAGUCGAUGGGAGUUUGAGUUGUCUCCUGUAAAGUUUGGUAUUCGUCUUUGGAAGUGUUUGCCAACUGCAACAACACGUGGUGAAACCCUAAUGCUCCCUGAAGACUUGAUUUCUUUUUAGAGAUUCAGAGAAAUUUUUGGCAUUUGAACGGUUUAAAAAUGGGUGAAGAUCAGUGUUGGGAUAGCUUACAGAAUUUUUAACACAGAUUGCAGGUUCUGGAGCAUUUCCAGAAGUAUAUAUAUCAGCUGCUUGUUGCCGCUCUGUGUAUUUCCACUUUCUGUCAGUGUGUGGGUCAAUAACAGCACUUCAUCAACUGUUUGUUUGUUUUGAGGCAAAUUUCCUCACCACACACUGUUUCUCUCAGUCUCUCUCUCUCUCUCAGAUGCCCCUCCUAGCUUUAUAUUAGAACCAGCUGUGGAACCAGAGCCUGAAUGAAUGGCUCUUUGUGAUUUAGCGAGUCUAAAAGGUCUGUUUCUCCCCCAACCCCUCCACCCUCUGCAGCAAUGGCAAGACAAAAGUACGAAACAAUGGACUGAGUAACAGAAAAUUCUCGUUAUGAAAUAAUGCAAAGGUCACCCAUCGUGUUUUUUAAGGCUGCGAAACCUCCUGACAAAAAGUGGAGCGCAGUUUCGCAGCAGCAGCUGGACAGCCAAAGUAUGAUCCUCAGCAGACCCAGUCAUGCAGCUUAUCUGUUGGUUACAGGGCACUGUUAGAGUCUGUGUUGUCCAGAAAAGGAACACGCUGUGAGCUCAUGAAGUCACUCUGGCUUUAACUCUUUGAAGGAAAUCUGUGUGAGGUUAACCCCAAACAGCUGUACUGUAAAUGCCUCCAAGUCCACCUCCAGUGCAGUAUCAGGUUGUAGACUAGUCUUAUACCAUAACAUAUUAGUCCUGGGAAAAACUGACUUUAUUUCCUCUCCAGAACUGUGACCUACAUGGCUCUGAAAAACAUAUUUGAUACUUGCAACCUCUGUUUAAGAUCAGCUGAGAAGAGUAGAGUUUAUAUGCACAUUCAUGUAACGUUAGCAAACAACAAAAGUGCAGUGUAAGCAAAAAGUUACCUUGCCCUUUAACGCCUUUUGUAUCAUAUUUGAUACAUACUUUUAUGAUACUUCUAUCAAAUCAAUAUGAUCAACAAAUUACUAAAAAAGAUCUUUAUACAGUCCAAUAAAUGAUAAAAAUGUCCUCUUGUGGUUUGUCAGUUUCCAAAAACAUCUAAUGAAUCAAAUGAGAUAAAUAAAUAUAAAUGUUAAAUUUUAAGGACAUUUUGAUUUUUGGGUUUUCAGUAGUAAGUGAAAUAAACAUUUCAGCUCCAAAAAAAUUUUCUGGCCAUAAAUUGUGGUUUCAGGCAUUAAAGGGCUAGAAUUCGCCUAAUAUCACCAAACAUACCAGUCAAGACACCUAUCUAAUAAUACAUUUAGAAAAGUGAUUGUUGGACAGCCGGGUCCGAGUCAGAAAUUACUUUUUUAAUCAAACAUGUAGGAGCUGAAAAAAGGCAAAAACACCAAACAUCGAGGUUUUCUUUUAAAAACUGGGGCUUCUUUGGCACUUUUCAGAGCUGCUGCCUCCUUAUGUCUAAGUUUAAUGUUGUUGGGUCUUGAUUUUCACUCUUAUCAGAGUUGAAAUGGGUAAAGAUUAUGGCUCUCUACUUCAGAGAGAUGGGAGAUGGAAGGAUCUGAAAUAUAUUAUCACUCAAAGUCAAGAGCAAUAGUGCAGUGACAGCAAGGAGAUCAGUGUUAGGCAACCUGUCAUCAAUGUUUGUAGUCACACCUGUUUAAUUUGUAUUAACCAUCUGAAAUUGCCCUUUUGUUUAAUUUGUAUUAACCAUCUGAAAUUGCCCUUUUGAAUUUUAAGAAAGAAAGUUUUUAAUUUAAAAAAAUGUGGAUUUUUAUGUCAUUCUUUGAUUGACACAACAUGCCAAGAGGAGCUACGAGCUGAGCUGCUGAUCAUGUUAGCUUGGCUUGUCUAAACUUGGUUCGCAAUUUUUCUGUAUUCCAAUUUUGGCCAUCAGUGUGAGAUUUUCACAUCCUAGUUACUGUGGAAAUAAAAAAACAUCAUAACAAUGUUAUCACGUUAUUUAUGGAAAAGAUAGGUAGUAGAAAUUUGCGGUAUGGAAAAUUUUGUUUAUUCAAAAACACACGCCGUAAUGAGAGAGGGCAACACAAGAAUUGAGAAAUUUAUUUAUAAGCGCAGCUGAUUUACUUACUCGUCAUUCGCCAGUUUUAAUGAUGUCCAGUUCAUGUUACUCAAAGUCACCAGUUCUGAGAAACUUCAGGUUUAUUGAAAACUCACCGUCCCCUCUGCAUGUGAUUCUGAGUCAACAUGUCUUUUUCACGAGAUCCAAGCUCCCAACAGGAUUUUAGAUUCAUUUUGUUCAAAAUGGAAAAGGCAGCUGCACCAUUAUCUUAGUGACUAUCUACAGGAGCUCUGAAAUAAGCUUCAUGUGUAAUGUUUGGAACAAAGAGCAGACCUCAUCUCAAGGAUGAUGACAAAAAUGUACUUUAGUGACAGUGGAAGGUGAGGACUUUAAAGGUUUAAUGAAGUUUACUCAGCCAGGGUUCUCCAUUCAAGUGACUAUUGAAUAGUAUGUUUGCUUGAAGCGCCCGUCCAUAAACAGACGGGUAUUUGGUAUUUGUCAAAAUCCAAGUUUAAGUGUCAGAGUCAGUCCUGGCUUGGAACAAAAUGCCAUUUGGACAUCUCAUGUGUUUACAUGAUGGAAGUUUCCCACGUCAGCUAGAGGGCGUAGGUUUGUACCAGUGGAUUUGGAAGUGUUAGUCACACACAGGCAAGAAAACAUAAAGUAUUGCCCAAUCACAUGGCAGGGAGGCUCCGGGCCUUGGAUUGAUUAGAGAGCCUGGAAUUGGAGAGAGGAAUGAGGUGUUGGAAAAAGUUUCUUGAGAGCUGGGAGAGCCACUCUGUGUGGAUCGGGCUUCAUCCAGGCUGUGCUACAAGGGGGUCAAAGAGUGAUUGGCAUUUCAUGGAGGGAUAUUGUUCACAUCCGGCUUGUCAGUCAAAACCACAGGAAUGUUUUUCUGGCUUUGUAAACUCUGUUUGUAGUCUUAGGAAGCUGCUGAUUUGUAACCUGCACAAGUCUGUGUCUGUCUGCAUGUCGACAAAGCUACAAACCUUUUUAUUUCUGUUUUCCUGGUGAAUUUUAGCACAGAUUUUAGCUUUUGAUUUACUAUUUCUGUGCUCAAAAGUUAUGGCCACCAAUGUUAAAAUCUUUUCCACUUUUGUUUUCAACAGGUGUUGACUGAAAGAGUGCAAGAAAAGGAAGGGACAGCGAGGAGCCUGGGGAGGAGAGAUCCCGUCCUUGCAGCGCAAGCAGCUGGUAUGAAGCUGAAAAUAAAUCCCUAAUUUCCUAAUUCACAAACCAUUCCUGAACUUGAGGAGAAUAGUAAUGACCAAAGGCUAAGCGAAUCAGUGGAAAAAUCCUUACAGAUCUCCUGUGGGUGGUGGGAGGACUGGUAUUUCUGACUUUGCAAUACUGGAGCCUAAUCCUUUGUAAUGGCAAUAAUAAUAAGGUGACUCACUGAGUGGAAGCAAUGAGUUUGAUAAACUUGGGCGAGCUGACCUCGAAAUGAAGCCCGGCAUCUUAAAUUACUUUUCAGGGUGGUCUCAAUCCUCUGAUACACCAAAGGCACGAGAUUUUGUAUACAUGAGGUAGAUCAAAUCCAGUUUAACCCUCAAGACACUCGCAUGCGAGAGUAUGUGCUGCAUGCACGAACAGAGACAUUCUGCAGACAAGAAUCAGCAGCAUAAUGCAGAUACUCUCAUGACAUCUUACAGGACAUACCACAGACGUAUAAUUUGUGCUGGGUGACCUGGAUCUUACCCCCUGAGGGUCAUUUUAGUCUUAAAAGCCGAUGAUGGAGCAAGUGAACCAGGCGAUGUUAAGCACGGUAUGCAACUUUAGUGGGGUAGGGGAAGUAGGGGGUAUAAUGGGGACAUUUGGAGAGGGAGAGACAAGGUGGCAUGACAGUGGGGAAGGAUGCAAACUGGAUUCUGCAAAAAACAGAGUGACAAAAGUAACUUAUGGUAGAGCUGUCCUGAUUUUGCACAACAUUGUAUCGGUGGCAUAUUCUGAUCAUCUGGCUGAUCAGUGUAUGUUUAUUUCAGUUGUCCACAUCAUAUUCCUGUAGUGACUUAAGACACGAUCAUUUAGUCCAGCCACAACCAGUAGUAAAAGCCCUGAAGUUUAGGAAUCAACUUACGGCUCUGCUUUUUAAUGUGUGAGAAAGUGCGAAAUUUCUGACAUGCCAGAAAGUCAUCCAACCCAAUAGGAGCGCCGAUUGGUCUUUCAUGGGCUCAUAUGUCUCCGUACAGUGCAGGGUGAUUGGGCUAAAAUUUGGGUCGUCUUCACAAGCAGAGAUUUGUGUUUGCAGAGAUAAUGUCUCUAAUGUAACUGAUCCACUGAGUAACUUCCACUUUUAAUUACCUGAUCCUUUUGAGUCAUGCUGAUUGUGGAGGCAGCCACUAGAGGGAGCUCUAAAAGUUUUGGCUUUACUUUGGAGGAGCUGCUUUGCACAUGCUUUUAUGUAGCCUGCUGUAAAAUGAUAAAUCUCAAGUAAACCUUUUCAGACAGCUCUUCCAAACAAAGAAUUAGCUAAGGGUAGCAGCAGCUCAGCUCGCAGUCCCUGCUGGUAUCUACUGAACGUACUUUAGAUCAGCUUUAUUCAGUGUUUUGGUAUAUUUUGAUUAAUGCACAAGAUUGUUUUGGAAAGGACACCUCUGUGGAUAUUUCAGCUCAUGUUUUAGUCCUCCAUAAGAAUGAACAUUAAAUAAAUCCUUAAUCAAAGGAGUUCCAGCUUUUACCAUGAAACGUCUUUAUCAAGUGUGAGAUCUUUUGUAAGUUUAAAGAAAUCCAAGUGGGCUACCUUUAUCUUCUCAAUACCUUUUUGACGAUGAUUGCACACCAUCAUGAAUGCAGACAAAGUUAUACUGAUGGUAUUUGUGCCACAUCACCCAGCCUCAGUUUCUGUUCUCAUGUCAUUUCAAAGGAGCUCUGUUUGAGAGGGCAAGAGAGGUCAAGUUCUCCAACACAGCCAAACACACACACAGUCUAACACAGACACACACUCUCUGGGGGAGCACGUACACACAUGCCAACACAUCUAAAACACGCAGCAGGCCCCCGCUGGAGGAGCAGAUGUGGAGCCCUGGUGGUGUGGGAGUCUUGAGGGGGUAAUGUGGGAGGAAUGACACCCAAAGAGCAGCGAGAAAAGAGAGAUUUGAAGCAGAGGAAAAAAAAUGUGAGUUAGAGUGUGUUUAGAUCUUUUUAACCACAUUUUAGAAGUCAAAGAGGAGUCGAGUGGACAGUGUUAGCCGUCUCGUCUGCUGGGCCGGGACGUUUGGUUGCAAAAGUGCAGGUUCUAAUUAUAUCUCAUCAUCUGUCCUCUGUCAGCGCUGUCCUCCACCCUCCUGUCUACACACACACACACUUACAGUCAGUUUCUCACACACACACAACCACUCCCCUUCCUUCAGGCCGGAGCCACACAAGGACAUAAAAACCAUACAGAUGAUUUCAUACACCAGCUGAUACACAGUACAUAUUUUAAGCUCUUUUCUUUUCUUUUCUUUUCUUUUCUUUUCUUUUCUUUUCUUCAGAAGAUCUUUUGUACUAACAGCCAUCAGACUUUACAAUUCUUCUAUAAACAGUAGAUGACUUUUUGAGACAUAACAAAUGAGACUAAAGACAAUUGAAUUUCCCCCCUGGAGAUAAAUAAAGUUAUUCUAAUUCUUUUUCUUAAACAUUUAUAAUUCCUUUAUCUUAUUUAGGCUCAUCAACACAUCGAAUACUUCAUCUAGAUACCCUGUUCAUAUCUGUUAUUUGCUUUAAAAAAGUUUUAAAGGUCUCCUAUAUGAUUAAACAUCUGUCUUGUCGAUACAUUCAUACUUAAGUCAUCCUCCAGCUCAGUAACUCUGAGAUUGUAGAAAUGGAAAACUGUCUGCAUUGUUCCUCUAGCCCACCUGCUGGGAAAAUAUAGCUUUUAGGAGGUAAUUUGAAUUGGCUCCUGUUCUGUUUCUUCCCACGCCAAUGUGGUUUCACUUCGGUACUGCAGAGUCAAGUUAUGCACAAAGGGAAAGCAAGUAGGAAUAACUGAAAUCUGACUGCAACUCUGUAACAGUGGUUUUCUCCAGUGAACUCUUGCGGGUUCUUCUGGUGUGCUCGCCACGUUUGUUUUGGUGUUUUCUGCCUCUGCAUCGAUCUGUACCAGUCUGUACUUCCCCUAGAGAAAAUCCAGGCAACCAAUCAGCACAGAAAUGUAAGCCACAUUACAAUAAAGUCAGAAACUGGGAGGCUGCAGAUCCUUUACAGAGGAUAAUUUGAGAUGCUUUGAAAGACACACCAACAUGCUAAAAAAAAACAUUAGAUUGAUAUAUAUUAAAGAGCAAAUUCUGUCUAUGUGUACUUUGCAGUGAACCCUGAUACUGACUUUGAUUAAACCAGACCACUGUGCGCAGUAUGAAGGCAUUAUCAACCUGACAUGGUGAUUCUAAAUAGGAAAUGCAAUGCACUGAUACAAUGAUAGAGAGGAAUAAAAGUAAUUUUCAUGGGGUGAAGUGUCUGUGUUGACCUUGUGUUCCUACCAGGACACCCCUCAGUCCGACUGAGUGGCAAAUAUGAAGUGUAAAUCAAAAUGCACACUAUUACUCUUCACUGACUGUAGAGCAAAACAAUUUAGAGCUCCCCCUACUGACUGGCUGCAGUAUAGGUCAUAAACCCUGCUUCUGUGUGCAUAGUUGAGACAUAUGUUAAGCUAUACAAUAAAAAAAACACAUUAAAUAAGUUUUUCUCAAACAUGGCCUCUGUCAUACUGAACUGAUAUAUGUCCAAGUGUUCAUUUUUCCUUUAAAUUUAACUUACUUUUUACCAAGACAAGAAAUGGUUAUGUCUUAGAGUGGGGUCACCUAAAGGUUUUCUCACAUUUUGGUGCCAUAUGACAUGCUUGUAUUGAGUUUGGUGUGAUGUUAGUCCCAUGCCUCUACCAUUUAGGUUGCUUCUGUGCAGGUUUUAGCUCUGCCAGUGCGCUAUGUCAACGCCUAUCAAGGCUGUCUUUUUACUUCACAUUUCACGAUAUGCAGAAAUGAAGCCACAUUGUGUGUUCUGGUGUCAAAAUAUACUGCACUACAUUGGAAAGGAGAAACAUAAACAGAAGAUAUAUAGAGGCAUAUCUGCUUAUAUUAAAGGGGCUUGGGCUCAGGCUGUAUCCCUCAGAUUUCCCCAAAACAAAGUUAUCUGUGGAUGCUGCCAGAACUUGGGUUUCCUGGCAUUUAUAUUUACCUGAAUUCAAAGCUGGGGAAGCGCACACAGAAACGCCUGAAGGCGUACAAAAGUGAGUUCAAUCAGUGGUGGAGGUCAAGCUGAAUAAACUUGGCACGUUGUCACUCACCCAGAAUUUUUCCUGGCAGUCCCCUGAGAAAAUUUUGGGCAAGAAGUGAGCUAAUGGGAGAACACAGCAGGAAAUGUUUGGGCAAAGUCCCAAAUGGGUGGGGGUGGUGACUUUAAACCAUGUCAUUAGUGGCACAAAAUGAUGAAUGGAAACAUCCAGAUAAGAAGGAUAAGAAAGACAAACAUUUCCAAGAAAGAAGGAGGGAAGGUGUCAGUACAUUUACUCGUUUUACACAUAGCAUCACAUCAGAAAUAAGUGGGAUCAUCCAACAUUACAGGUUUAGUAAUUAGUGAUGCUAACUGUUUCGAUGAUGCUAAAAACAUUAGCUCUAAAAUAGAAAGGUUAAACAUAAUAACCAACCGUAAAAUCCACUGGCUUUGUGAGACCGGCAACUUUCAGGGAAUAAACUCUGCAUUUCAGAAACGUUCAGGGACUUUUCUAUCCCCAAGAAAGAUCAGUGUUUGGAAAGACUGUCUCAAAGUAAUCUCUAAAACUAAUUAAGUCAAUUAAGUUAAUCAGUGACGAUUAAUUCUCAUAUUUUAGCAAAAUAGUGUUAUCACUGUCAUUAGCUGAUAAUGUUUGAUCAAGGCUGACGUCUUUUAGUCUGUUGACCAGUCAGAGGCUUUAUUUAUGAUCAGCUGACCUGUGAAAGUCCAAUGAGAAGCCAGUGCAGCCUUACACAGACAUUGUAUAGAAAUAGAAAAGACAGAAGAGUUUUUACUGGUAUCAUACAAUUCAUCUUGUUCUAGGAUCAAAUCUGUGCCCCCACUUCACAAAUUUGAAACGUGUUUGUUUUUAAAUUUAAUGAAACUGUGACUAUUUAAUCUUAGGAUAUUAGAAAUAUUAGUUUAUUUAAAGAUACUGAUUGCAUCAUGUUUUCGUGGGACGCAUGCAAACAGGUUAUUUUCAAAGAUUUCAGGGGGACAUACGUGUAGAGGUGUGGGACAUUUCUAUAGGGGUUUGGGUCUGUCCUUCACAUCUCACGGUGCAGCCUGUUCUUAUCGUGGUGGUGUGAGAGGAGUGCUUCUAAUUCUGUGUCACUGUGACUUUGUAUGUGCGUGCAUACAGCAUUUCCAUGCCUCAGAGUGUGCGGUAAUCUCUCUAUAAGAGAGUGAUGAAGGGGCACAGAUUAGGGGAAUCGCACCGAGGCAUUAAACUGACUACAGGACUUCACAAAAUACCAAAUCAAGUCAGUCAGUGUUUCCAAGUGCCCUACUUUUUACGAACCAGCAAGCGCUGAGCAUGGUCACAAGAUAGUCCAAGGGAGGGAGAGGAAGAGCUCAAAUUAAAGAAGAAAGACUUGAUUCUUGCUGAGGAAACAGAAAACUUUCUUUUUAAUAAACUUGAAGGAGUCUAGAAUAAAGAGAGGAUGUUUUGCUGUCCAAACUUAUGAUUCUAGCUCUUUAAUGGUAGUUUUUCAACUAAUAUUGUGAAAGGCUUAAACAGUACAUCCCCUGUUCCCACAAAGUGAUGACCUAGAAAGUUAAUCUUUUCCAAGCAGAGACAAACUCAGAGGCAUUGAUGUUGUGGGCUCCACGUCUGCCUGGCUCUGUGUGGGAGAAAAAAAAAAAACACCAUCAUUUGUAAACAAAGAGUCAGGAUCCAUUAACGCGGCUAUGAAAAAUGCACUGAAGUUAAUCUCAGAAGUUCACUAAUCUUUCCUGUUUUUAUGAGAGUUAGCAGGGAGGGUAAGAGAGACAGAGACCAGCGAAACCGCCUGAUCAUCAGCUGACAUUGAGAGAGCGAGAGAGCUGCAGAAAAACUUUAAAAAAAGAGGACAAAUAGAGACGAAGCAGGAGAGGGAAGAUCGUGAGAGGGGAGAAAGGGUGUGCAAACCCUAAAUUCAGAGGAGAAGUUAGCGUGCUCAGAUGAUUCCUAAUAAGGCUGUAACUGGCAGUCUCGAAGCUCUGUCCUGGAAUUAGCUGCCAGGAAACUUUCCCCUGUAACUCCUCUGCUCUGAACGCUAAGAACAGAAACAAACACACAAUCUGCUGUGACCCACAAUGCUCCAAAAAAAUUGAACGGAUAAAAUUAGAAACAAGGAGACGCAAGAGAAACAGUGAAACUAUUUCUGACCUUUUCAAAAGGAACAAUGAGUAAAAAAAAAGUCGUUCAGCGAAGUUCCUGUCUGUAAGUCAGUGUGUAUGAACCCGCGGCCUCUUUGCUCUGCAUCAAACACAGCUGCUCACCUUUUAAAGUUCCUGUGCUCAUUUACUCAUGUUUUCUCUCCACAGGUGAGAGUUGGUGGGUGACUGUUUGAAAAGCUGCCACAGACUCAACAUGGCUCAGGUGCUGCAUAUGGACCCCGGCUUCCCAGGUGCACCUCCAUUUUAAUUUUGACAGAUACACUGACUAAUCUGCAGAUUAAUGAGGGGACGUAGAAAUAAUUAUACAAGCCAAGUUUGAAAAAAGUUGGUAUACUGUGUAAAAUGUUGAAAAGAAUCAGAAUCUGAUGGUUUACACAUCAUUUUAACUUUAUUUGAAAAUAGCACAAAGAUUAAAAAAAAGUAUUUACUUAAGUUUAUUUUAACUUUGAUUCUAGCAACAUGUCUGCUACUUAUAACAUGAUAACAUGUUUUUCACAAAACAGAGACAGAUGUCUAUAGAUAUAUGUUGUCUUUACACCCCAUUUAAUCAAAUAUAAUAAAUUAAUAAUAAUAAAUGUUAUUUUUAAUGCACUUUUACAGGUGCUCAAAGACGCCUUACAAAGAAAAAGAAUAAAAUUAAAUAAAAAAAAAAUUUAAAAUACAUAAAAUAAAAAUAAAAAAAUUUAAAAUACAGAAAAUUUUGAGAAAUAAAACCAACAGUGUAAGAGGUUAAAAAAGACACAGUAAAAGAACAGUUCACAGGUUAAAAGCCAUUUGAAAAAGGUGUGUUUUUAGGAGUGAUUUUAAAGUGUGGGCGUCUGUGCAGUCCCAGAUGGGUUUGGGAAGUGAAUUCCAGAGGGAGGGUGCGGCAGUGGAGAAGACUCUGUCCCCCCAAGUUUGGGAUUUAUAGGAAUUUAAUGACAAGGAAAUCAUCAAAUUCUGCUUUUGUCAACAUUUUAUAAAAUAUAUGGACCUUUUCAGAGCUGGGUUUGUAUUUUUUAAGGAUUUAUUCUGUCUGAAAACACUUAGGUAAUGAACAAAUUGUACAGCUGAGACAAGAUCAUGUUAGCCUCGAUGGUACCUCUUCACUUUGUACCUAAUUUGCUGAUUGUUCCAGAUUAAAAACACAAAUACAGACUUAAAACAAAGUUAAUGCUAUUUUCUAAAGUCUGAGCCCAAGAUUAGACGCAGAUUUCCGUUUGUUUAAAGUUGAUUUCCUUCCCCCUCAGGGAAACUGAACCCGCCUGCUCCCUCCUCUCUACACGGCAAAGAACAGGAGGCAAACUACUCAGUGGAGACCCCCUACGGCUACCGUCUGGACCUGGACUUCCUCAAAUAUGUCAACGACAUAGAGAAGGGGAACACCAUCAAGAAGGUGCCGAUCCAACGCCGGCCUCGCUAUGGUUCUCUGCCCCGUGGCUAUGGCUAUGCCGGCUCCUGGUGGACCUCUACAGAGUCCCUGUGCUCAAACACCAGCAUGGACAGCCGGCACUCCUCCUUCUCUUACUGCGCCCCGGGCUACCACACAACACAAAGACCCAGCUUCAGCACUGCCCGUGUGGAGAAGACCCUGCUGGACGCACGCAGGAAGCUGGAGGAAGAGAAGGAGGGGCGGAGAUUUUCCAACCUAGGUAGCAUGCACAGCAGCGUAGCAGGCUCCAACACCUCCAUCAGCAGUGCACACAGCUUUAACCGAGCACACGGUGGAGGUGGAUCCUUUACGCCAAUGAGUUCUGGCCUGUCCACUCCUGUGACGCCAACACCUGCACACCUGCAGCACGUCAGGGAGCAAAUGGCUGCAGCUCUCAGGAAGAUCAGGGAGCUGGAGGAGCAGGUGAAGACCAUCCCUGUGCUGCAGGUCAAAAUCUCUGUUCUGCAGGAGGAGAAACGGCAGCUCAGCGUCCAGCUCAAAAGCCAGAAGUUCCUGGGCCACACUCUGGGUUUUAGCCGGGGUCGUCCAAGAGGAGAGCUCUACAUUGACAUCCCUGAAGAAGAGACAAGCGCGGCGGCAAAAAGCAGCAAUAAGCUGACAGAGCCACUGUCUCCCUCCACACCUGAGGGGGCCAAGCAGGACUCGGGCUGUGAGAUCGAGGACACGGUGAUUGUGGCAGGAGCAAGACCAGAUGCAAAGCGGGAAGUGCGCACUAUUGGAGUCGGACCAGAGGACUUGAAAGAAACCUGCCAGGUGGGAGUCGGGGUUCGGGAGGAGGAUCUGGGGCUGCUGCCAGAGACAGAGGCUCUCAGGAAUCAAGUGGGUCAGCUGGAGGGGGACUUAAAGCGGACGCUGCAGGAGCUGCAGGUGGUACAGAAACAGGCGGAAGUGAUACCGAAGGCGCCUCAAGCGGAGCAUCCUGUCAUGGCUACCAGUAUGGGCUGGCAGGAACCACAGGGCUGCAGCCUGCACACUCUGGUCAGCUUCACUCAGCUGCCCCAACAGAGGGAGCAGAGGACUGUGGGGAUCCAGGUGUACACACUGGAGCAGCCGACUGUGGUGGAAGUAGGAACUCUGCUCCGAGCAGAGACCUGCAGACUUCCCAGUCCUCUGACAACUGAAGGAGUCGUGGAGGAUCAACACAGAGAGCAAGUGGAAUGUUUGUGUUCAUCUGGUAUGUUCUAAACACCUGAAAUAUGUCUGAUACACUACUCUUAAUCUAUACAACAAAAUACCACAUCUAAAUACACCUCUACAAAGGUGAAUUAAAGGGAUAUUCUGGUGUAAAAUUAAGUUAGGGUCAAACACACCAUAACACCGAGUGAGACAACCCCUCGAGAGAUGAAUGUUGCCGACUGCUUGCUUCUCUAGUUAAACCAACUUAAGUAACGACCCCAGAUAGCAAUACACAGCGGUCUGAGGAGCCAUAAACAAACCUCAACCAAAACGCCACUCUAUAGCCACAAAUAAUGCUCAGAACAGCACCUAACUUGCCUGAUUUCUUUAUCAAAGAGACUAAACACAACUUACCUGCUCUCUUCCAGCAGCUGCUUGUUUGUAGUGAGACCUUGGGUCAGUCAAUUACUGCAGUGGAGUGACGCAGUUCAAGGAAGAACAUUUAUAAUCUUUUCUUUAUCAUUUCCUUGAAGUGAUAACCAUCAUAUUAAUCAUUUUGCACUGCAGACACGGUAGUUCUUCUGCCUUAUCGGUCUGAUAAAUGAUCAUAAAUGUUCUUCCUUGAGCUAUGUCACCCCACUGUAGUCCAUAAUGGACUGGCCCGAGUUCUCGCUACAAACAAGCGGCUGCUGGAAGAGAGAGGGUGAGUUGUGUUUAGUCUCUUUGGCUGGUACUAUGGCUGUGACCCUACAUGUACUGUUGAUGAAGUUAGGUGCUGUUCUGAGCAUUAUUUGUGGCUAUAGAGUGGCGUUUUGGUUGAGCCCGUGGCUCUCUGUAUUGCUGUCCUGUGGUCAUUACUAAAGUUGAUAUAACUAGAGAAGUAAGCCGUCAGCAACAUUCAUCUCUCGACGGGGUGUCACACUCGCUUUGUUUGACCUUAACUCAAUUUUACGCUGGAAAAUCCCUUUAAAACCUUACGAAUACUAAUACAAACUAGGAUUUAUCACAUCACUGUUGUAUCAGAUUGCAUUAAAUUGAGCAGGUUAGAUAUAAAUUCAGGGACUUCUUGUUAAAAUUAAUGAAUCAGUAAAUUUAAUUUAACUUAAACAAUUUUGUAAAGCUGAAAACUCUUCUGUCCGACUCUCAGAUGCUCCAGUUCCACUUGCGAUCAGCUCCAAGGAGGUGAGGGAAGUCCUAAAGUGUGAGCUCUCCACUUCAGAACCUGUAGCGUCUUCUGUCAUCACUGUUGGCAUGUCGGCUGAUCAGAUUAGUCCAUUAGCUUCAAAAGAAGAAGAAACACACCUGCAUGAAUCCACAGAGGCCGUCCAGUCACAAGAGAGCGCCCAGACAGGUAACCAGACUGGUCAAAACACCCUUGACCUUCACUCAAAGGUUUUAUGACCUCCCUGUGUUUAUGAUCACUGGUUUCUUUUUCAGCCUCGUCUCCGCCCUCCUCUCUGAGGUCCAUUAUGAAACGGACAGAACAAGGUGAACCAGGAUCUCCCUCUGCAAAGAAAAAUCUACAGUUCAUUGGAGUCAAUGGAGGGUAAGUCUGAACUCUUAGGGCUGUUUAAUUAUGCUGAAAAUCCUUAUGAUAGUUUUGAUUGAUAUUGACAUCACAAUCAUUAGAAAUCAUGAUUUGACAUCUGCAUCACAAACCUUUUCGCUCCUUAAAAUCUAUUUAUAACUUAAGAUCUCUUAAUCCUUAAAAAACUGUGUCCGAGGAAAAGUCACAAGACGAUUGUGCAUCUUUCACUGCAGCUAAACCUAAAAAAAAAUGAACAUUUGAAAACAUUAAUGAUAUGUUUAAUGUUAAAUACUCUCUGGACGGCUGUUCAGGGGAGACAAUGGCCCCCUUUCUUUGGUACAUUUUGCACAUUUUAAAAAGCACCUGUGAGGAACUUUUGUGUCAAUUUUGGUGAUCCUGAGUCCUAAAUGGCUGAUUGUCUUCUAUUCGUCUUCAAGAAUCUCUGCUGUGGAAGAAAAAAGCUGUUUUUGCAGUAUUAUGUUAAUCAGAGGAAGAGGAUUUAGGCAUUCACAACAACAUCAGAAUAAUAAAAGCUGCCACAAUCAUUUUGUUUACUUUAUAGAUCAUGAAAAGCAUCAGCAUUUAUUUCAUAACCAAAUAAAACUUCUUCACAGGAGAUUGUAAGCUGCCAAUAUGCGUAAAUUAAAACUGACUCCUUUAUCUGCAAAGCCUCUUUGCAAAUACAGACGAUUCAAGAAAUAAAACAGCAGCUGUUGGAGCAAAAUUAUACACUUCUUCAGAGAGUUUGGAUCACUGUGGUUGAAUAUUUUAAGUGGUGUCAAAUCUUGAACUUUAGUUAUUGUAGUUAUGUGGCCAAAGAACAGCCUGUAGCAGUACUCUGUCGUUAUUAUUGCUAUUUGAAUAAACAGUCAGGGCCUGUCUUAGCCUAAACACUCGUAUAUAUGGUCACACUUAUCCCAGGCGUAUGGAGAUGAUUGGGAGCUGUUACGUGGGAUGAAAAGUUGUUAUUGUCAAGAUUUCUUUUAGAUAUCAACAGGCUGUAUUUGCUGGCAGUGUUAUAAAUGGUAAACUAUUAAUAGAAGACAUCCCCUUUUCUUAGUCUUAUCGUGUGGUUAUGAUCAGAGAGUGUUAGUCACAGCGAUUGCAUAUUUGUGUACGUCUCUUGAGAAAAGUUUGUGGUGUUUGGAUGAAGAUGAGUCAAAAUACUAAGAGGAUGGAUGAUAUGGAGGACUUGCUGCAAAGUUAUGUCCUGAUCGGUCUUGUUUUAAAUUUAUCCAAUACAGCCCCAAUUCCCAUAACAAAAGUGGGAGGCUUUGUAAAGUGUUGAUAAAAUUAGAUUUUGAAGGUGUGACGAUUCAGCUCAUAGAGUGCAAAGAAAACACAUUGAAUUGGAAAUUGAAAAGCUGUUUGUUUUGUUGAGGAUGCAGCCUUGAUUUAAGGAAGCUGGAGGAACAUCUCCAACUAAUGAAGUUAACUUUCAACAUGUUAGUAACAUGGCUGAAUAUUAAAGGGGCAGUUCAGGGGAGCUGAGUGUCUGAGAAGUAAAGGUGGGGGGAGGUUUCUGUGAGAGACUGCAGGAGCAAAUAGUUCACUGAUUUUAGAGUAAUAUUCUGUAGUCUGGAAAUUGCUCAAUUUUGUGGAUUUCAUUUAGGGAUGCACUGAUCUGAUAUUUGGAUCGGAUAUUGGCUCCGAUAUUGACAAAUUAACUGGAUCAGAUAUCAGGUGAAUUACGCCGAUCCAGAGUUCUGAUCCAUUUUUGUUUUCUUUUAAUUAAUUUUUCUUUUAAUACAUGGAAGUCUUACUUUUUUGCUCUGUGCUAAUGUGCAAUUUGUAAAUAAAUGAUAUUAAGUACAUUUAUAUCUGUGCUUAUUUGUUACCUUUUUUUAACAAGGCUAAUAUCAAGUCUGAUGCCUUCACUCACAGGGCAAGGUAUACAGUUUAUUCAUUCAAAAGCAGUAUUGGAUUGGUAUCGGCUAAUACGCUCAGCCCUGUAUCAGAUUGGAUCGGAAAAAAAGGAUCGGUGCAUCUCUAAUUUCAUCACUUACACUACAUACAUAAACAUAAUCCAGAGAUGCCAGCAAGUUUUCUGGGCCUGAGCCCAUUAAAUAUGGUCUGAGACAAAGUGAAAAACUGUCCUGUGAUCUGACAAAUCAAUGUUUGACAUUUGUUUUGGAAACCGUGGACACAGAAUCGUCCACUCUAUAGAGAAUAGAGAAACCACAUGGUUUAUUAUCAACAAACAGCUCAAAAGCUAGUAUCCAUGAUGGCAUUAGGAUGCAUUUUAUUGUUUAUUUGGCAUCAUUACAUAGGAUGGCUGAAGAGACACAGGAAACAUGGAGAGUACAGAGGUGGGAAAGACAUGCAGCAAAGGGCAAAGGUCAGAAGUCAAACCAGCAAUGGCAGCUUUUAAUUUGUGUCUAUAUCUCUAAGAGUUCAAGUUGAAAUGCAUUUGUUUAGUUAUGAAAGACAUUUAAGUUUCAAUAACUUUAAACUGUUUGGAAGUAAAAGAUAUUCUUGUCUUGCAGGUAUGAGUCCACUUCAUCAGACAGCAGCAGCGAGAGCUCGGACGAGGGGAGCGACUCCAGCGAAUAUCACGAAGCCAGAGAAAAACUGCCAGACACAGCAAUUCAGAACCAGCAAAUAACCCAGACCAAGCCUCAACAGAGCAACAGUGUACCUCAACAAACUGCCGUCCAACUACCAGCCGUCAUUCCAGACUCACUGCAGAGUCACAACCAGCCAGAAUCUGCAGACACAACACUGCCAGACAAAGACCCGCAGUCACCAGCCACAGAUACUGUUCUGCAACAAUGUGCCUCACAGCCACCAGCCUCCGACUUUCCACCUCCUCCACCAGCAAAUGAACCCGAAGCUCCCGCUCCUGAAGAGAGCGCGGAGAAGCCGUUAGAAGAACAACCCCCCACUUCUGCAUCAUCAAACACUGAAUCCAUCCCUCAGCAGAGCUCCAUAUCGUCCUCAGUCACCAGUUCGUCCUCGCUUUGUGAGACCACGAAGCAGCAACACACCGUCCAAUCAGAAACGACUGUCAUCUCCAGCCUGCCUGAAGCCGAAAAAGCAGUAGCAGCUUCAGAAUCUGAAACAGAAUUCAGGUAGAUACACAUGUGUUUUUUUAUUGAUUUUCCAAGGCACUUCUAAGCUUGAUGUCACUGUUACAUGCCUAAUAGAAAAAUACAGUUAGAGAAGUCUGGGCGUACAGAUGUGGUUCUGGUUUUUAAAAAACGGAGGGAAAAUAGAUUAACAAAUACAUCAAUCAGAGGACUUCUGGUAUGUGAGGGUUUGCUGUAAUAUUGUGAUGAAAAAACUGGGCUAUCAGGUGUGCAUAUAAGUGACUAAUGUAGUGCUUUAAUGCUUCUCAGACUGGAGCUGAGUGACAGCCUGAUGUCGGCCCUUCAUGACCUCCAGAAAGCUCUGGGGGAACCAAACGCCUUCAGUCAACAAGGAGCGGUGAGUGUUGCUUUAAUUCUGUGUAUAUAAAGUUAAUUUUGUGCAAAUUAAGUUGAGUGAAUUAAAUUGUUCAGCCUUUAUUACUUCCCAACAUUACUGAAUAGCAUCAGUAACACACAAACUGUGCUAGUAUGAGAAAUGAAUUGAUUUAGGGUGUUCAUUCUUGUUUUAUAAAGGGAUAUUUCAGUAUUGUUGAAGUGACGUGUCAUUUCCUGAGAAACUCACUUUAUGGAGGUAACCUCUAAUGUCACCUCAGAACUACUAAAUUAUCCCUUUUUAUAUGCGGACAACAGAUGAUUACUGUGUGUAUAUUUUUGAGAGGAUACGUCCAAAAGCUUGUUAGUGUUGGCGUGUUUUGUGUCUCUGACUGUCCUCCCUGUGUCUGUUCUCAGAGGGCGGCCUACACCACCGUGCUGCAGGAUUGGCUGCGUGUGUCCUGUCACAAAGCGGCGGACACAGAGGUGGUGAAGGCCUACAUGAGCGCCUUCACCUCCAUCUCCCCUCAGCUGCUGGAGUUUGUGAUCAACAUGGCAGAUGGCAACGGGAACACAGCGCUUCACUACACCGUCUCCCACUCAAACUUCCCCGUGGUGAAACUACUGCUGGACACAGGUGAGUUUAGUUUAGUUCAAAUUUAAGGUUAAGCUGUGGGUGCUGGUAAUACAUGCCCAUCAUGAUUCAACCACAACAUAAAGAAAAGAGAGAUCCAAGAAGUUCAUCAGCUGUUUGAAUUCAAAAUAUACAUUUUAUCAGUGCAUCAGGCUGUCUGAGGUAGUUUCCCUGUCAUUCAGUCAUGGUGCACUCUUGUCGCCACCUGACAUUCGACUGACACUCUUGACUUUCUUAAAGGGAUAUUCCAGUGUAAAAUUAAGUUAGGGUCAAACGCACUGUAACACCAAGAUAGACACCCCGUCGAGAGAUGAAUAUUGCCGACCACUUGCUUCUCUAGUUAUUCCAACUUUUGUAACGGAAGAACAUUUAUGAUCAUUUCUUUAUCAUUUCCUUGAAGUAAUAAUCAUCAUAUUAAUCAUUUUGCACUGCAGACACGGUAGUUCUUCUGCCUUAGUGUCUUGGUCUGAUUGCAUUUCCAUGAGAUGAUCAUCAAUGUUCUUCUUUGAGCUGUGUCACCCCGCUGCAGUCCGUAAUGGACUGGCCCUAGGUCUUGCUACAAACAAGCAGCUGCUGGAAGAGAGUAGGUGAGUUGUGUUUAGUCUCUUUGCUAAAGAAAUUAGGCAAAACUAAAAAGAUGUUUGGUGGCUAGUGCUGUGGUCAGGAGCCUAUAUGUACUGUUGAUGAAGUUAGGUGCUGUUCUGAGCAUUAUUUGUGGCUAUAGAGUGGCUCUUUGUAUUGCUAUCCUGCGGUCGUUACUAAAGUUGGUAUAACUAGAGAAGCAAGUGGUCAGCAACAAUUAUCUCUCGACGGGGUGUCGCACUCGGUGUUGCGGUGUGUUUGACCCUAAAUUAAUUUUACGCCGGAAUAUCCCUUUAAAAAAUACAGUGAUGGUUGUCUACAAAAAUGGAGGACAUGUUCUGCACUCAAAGGAGAAGGUAACUAUAAGAAGCUACUUCUUACAAACACAUGGACAAAAUAAUAAAAGAGAUCAAAUGGUAACACUUUGACCACAGAAGGGCGUCAAAUCUACACAAACAAAAAAUUCCUUCAGGGGCUUUAAUUUGUUUUUCUGUAUUUCACUGUUAGUUUCAAAAUACUGCUAAUGGUUUCUGAUGUAAACGAAAGUUUUAUUUGUUAACAUUUAAAUUUUUUUAGGACAGUGUGCAGACACAAAAGGGAGAAAUAAAAAAGCAAACAAAAAUUUAAUCAGUAAAUCUUGGUAAACUUGUGAAAUUCAAUAUGUGACAUGAUUGAUUAGAGUCAUGUUGGCUAAUUCUGCUUACAUUGCUGCACUGGGUUUAUAGGUGUGCCAAUUACUUUGCCUAAAACUGGGUUACAUCUAAAAACAAUCGGUCAGGCUUAAACAUCUCAGUGGAUGGUGCAGCCACUUUCGAGAACUGUCACAUCAGUUGAAUAAAUGUAUAAUUUCCUCCACCAUUAUCUUUUUCUCACUCCUGUCAUUGUUCAGCGCUGAGGUUGAUCUGUGUUAGAAGAUGCAUAUCCAAAACCUUAUCAAAUAAAUGUCAAUAUGGCUGUUUUUUUUCUGAAGUGUGUUUUGUUAAAACUGUAAGUAGGAGGGAUAUGACGUCUUUAUCUAGCAGACAAGUUUAAGUCCUAGUCAGAGGGAUGUAGUCGCUGCCCUCUGUGUACAUUUUUGCAGCAGUUCUGAGCUUCACACUUUGUCCUAAACUGUUCUCUUCUCUUAAAAACGUCCCUGUCAGUGUUUGUGCGGCUGUUAGUCUGAUCGCUCUGUUUCACCUGACAGGUCUGUGUAACGCUGACAAGCAGAACAAGGCGGGCUACACGGCCAUCAUGCUGACGGCUCUGGCUGCCUUUCACUCAGACACCGACCUUCAGACGGUCUUGCAGCUGCUGCGCACCGGGGACGUCAACGCAAAAGCUAGCCAGGUGCGCCCUCUACUGCUCACUUAAUUGAACUGCAACUGCACAUAAAAACAAACCUUCGAUACAACUCACUUUUGUCACGUUGUAGUUUCCUAAGUUUUUGCAGGUCUGUUUAGAAAUGUUUGAUUUCUGCUUCAGAUCAGUCUGAUCAAUUGAAUGUUAAAUCUGUGCAGGCCGGACAAACCGCUCUGAUGCUAGCGGUCAGUCACGGUCGGGGCGACAUGGUGCGGGCACUGCUGUCCUGUGGGGCUCAGGUCAACAUCCGGGAUGAUGACGGCUCCACGGCGCUCAUGUGCGCCUGUGAACACGGACAUGUGGACAUCGUGCGGCAGCUGCUGUCCGUGCCCGGCUGUGACGCCACUCUCACAGAUAAUGUAAGGAGGCAUUUCCUCUCCUCCCUCCUUCCUCUGUGUUUUUAAAUUUUUCUGACACGUCCUGUCCAAACCAUCAUCUUCACCUUCAUCCUUUUCUGUCUGACAGGACGGCAGCACCGCUCUGUCCAUCGCCCUGGAGGCCACCCAGAACGACAUUGCUGUGCUUCUGUACGCUCACCUCAACUUCGCAAAGCCCCCCUCCCCUGUGAGUGCUGACACUGCUAACACACACACACACACACACACACACACACACACACACACACACACACACACACACACACAAACACACACUGACACACACACACACACACACACACUGAUACGCUCACACAUUGCUGUCAGAGGGCCUUUAUACAGAGAAAUCAUUUAGCUCCUGUGUCGAACAAUUAGGCAGGGAAAAUGAGCCAUAAUUAAGGAUCGCUCGGAUGAAUCUGUAUUAUUUCUUUGUUUGCAAGGAGGUGAAGAGGGUUAUUCAUGGAAAUGUAGACAGUCUCAAAUUGUACUAUUAUUCAAAAUGAUAAGCAUUUUUAAUGAACCAAAAGCAGGUUAAACAUUUGCUUGUAUUGUGUUACAUUACAUAAACAGACAGCAUUUUUGAGAGGACAAAAAUCCCUCCGUUUUUCAGAACUGACUGUUUUAGUAUUAAGAGAAAAGUUGUCAUGCAGAAAAAUGGGUCUAUGUAUUAUCUUUCCAUUUAAUUAUUCCAUUCAAUCUCGUAAACAAAAAAACGAGUCAAUAUUUUGUUUAUUUGUUUUUCUCUAUAACCAAAAAAUAAACAAUUAGUGUUUGUUUUUGUAUUUUCAGCUCAAAACAGAAUAUAUAAUAGAGAAGGAAACAAAAACAAAAUAAUAAAUCUUAUUUACAAUUAUUGAUUUUGAGUGCGCAUGUUUUGAGCAUACGUGCAUAGAGGCUACAUUGGCCUUCCCAUGAUCCUCAGUGACAGUUACCAUGGUGAAAGAUACGAUAGAGCAGUUCGAGCGCCAAAAUCUUAGAUUGUAACAGAGCUCUGGUUGUAAUUUUUUGCUAAAGUCAUAUCUUCCUCCUUCAGCGUGACCCUCCUGGCAGCUUUGAAUAAGCCUUUGAAUUAGCCUUUCUUUACCGCUCUGGCUUGGAGGUUUUGGUCCAUGUUGUUGGCUACUUUGUUGCGCAAUGCACAUUUGCGAACAGUAGAAAGGCAUUGUGAAAAAUGGGGACUUCAAUAACCCGAAAACGAAAAGUUGAAUUAUUAUGUUGUUUUUGUUUCCAUCUCUAUUAUAUAUUCUGUUUUGAACUGAAAACACAAAAAACAAACCCUGAUCUUUUUGGUUAUAUAGAAAAACAAAUUAACAAAAUAUUGACUAAUUUCUUCGUUUUUCGUUUACUAGAUUGAAUGGAAUAAUUGAAUGGACGGAUAAUACACGGACCAAAAUGUCCCAUCAUUCUGAGUUAAUGUGGAAAUUUUUAUUAAAAGAUCACCAGUAGUUGAAGGUUCAGGUCUGAGUAUGUUCGCUUUCAAAACACGCAAACACUGAAACGUUUUUUUAACUGUAAGAUUUUUUUUUUCCCCCUACCUCAUCCAGGUUUCUCCGAAGUCUCCUCUCCUGGGUUCAUCUCCUCCUACUGGUGAAACGAAAUAAAGUUCAACUCCUCCUGUGACUUCACAGAAAAUCCACAUCCACCUCCCACAUCACAGUGUUUGUUUUCUUUCUGUAAUUAAGACAAUGAGUUUAAGUGUGUUUGUUUUCUUUCAUCGUAAUUUAAGUGUAUCAUAAUGUGCAGAUCAUUGUAUGACAGCUCUCACUGUUGUUGUCUUCUGCUGCUUUUUGUUCACUUUUACUCACAGUGUUGCUUGGAAACCUGGAUUACUUUUGUGGUACUCUCUUAAAUAAUCAAACAUCUCCAGUCCUUCAAAUAUCCAGUUUUCACUUUUUUUAAAGGCACAUAGAGGCCAAAACAUUUCACUGUCGCUCAGCUCAUUAUACACUUGUUUUUGUCAGUCGAUAUGAAACUUCUUUACUUAGUUGUGUUUUUAUUGUAUCAUGUACAGCAGCUUCUACAGAGUAGCAUCAUGACGUUUCAUUACCAUCACUUGGAAUAAGAAAAGCCACCCCUCUCAUAAAGAAGUGUCCUUGCAUCAACUAGCUCAUUGGUGCUACAACAAGAUGAAACACAAAACACCACUUUAGCAGUAUAUCAAUAUUUAUACACCAGAUUUAUUUACUCUAGAGUAUUUUUGAUAUUGAUUUUUUAAAUUCAGGACCUCAAUAGAUCAAAUUUUUAAUCCCUUGGUGAUGGUUAACUUAUUACAUCUUUUCCACCAGAGGAUGGAUUUAUUUUUUUGUGUUGCAGCAUUCCCAAAGUGAACCCAAAGAUGUUUCUGUCCUCUCAGCUCUGUAAAUGUGGUCAAAUUAAAAAACAAAGGUCUGGUAUCAAAGUGAGGGAAAGAGGUGGUUGGUAUAAAUCUGAAGGUGAAGGUACGAUGGUUUUGUAUUUUUUUAACCUGAAGGUAUUCUGGAUGGUUGUACGGAAAGUAAAGGGUGUUACUGUAUUUGUAAUAUUCUGUGCUCAAAGAUUAAAAAAGGACUUUGUUCAAAUAGAGACUAAAAGCACUGGUAAAGCCAGGUUUGUCAGGGAAGCAGGAAGUGUCUGAUUGGGCUCUUUGAAGUACGUGUAUAAUAUGAUAAUCAAAAUAAUAUAUGUCAAUAUAAACCAGUAGUUAUGACGCCUAACGUUAAAGUCCUUGAACUAAAGUGCAUAGGCUAUUGAUGUCAAAAUUUCUAUUACUUUUUGAAGGUUUUUCACACGUUUCAUAUUCACUUUUCAGCAGUUAAAUUUUUAUAAACUUUCAAUUUAUUAAUUUAAGUAUCUAUCUUUUAUACAUUUAGAAUUUUUAAGCUCACAUCUACUUUAUGUAACCGCACAGCUCUUCAGUUUGUUUUAUGAAGGUUUAUGUAAAAUUUUAGAUUGUGUUUCUCAACUGAUUAAUAAAUGUGGACCACACUGUU